GAGCUCGCUAAAUAACACUGUAUAUAAACAACACACACAGACACAGACUGAGAGACAGACAAGAGUCGCACAUCAGAGAGCACGGAGGGAGAAGACCGACAGCCAGCGGCAGUGGCUAGGUAGACAAGGCCAGCCAUGGCGAGCGGGCCGAACGGGGGAGGCAAUGGAGGGGGCGCCGGCGGCGGGCUGAUGAAGAACAUGAGCCUGCUGCGGCUGCAGUACUACUGCGUGCUGGGCGCGGUGGCCGGGGCCGUCCUGUUCGCGACGCUCCGCUACAUGCCGGCCGCCAGCAGCGGCGCGGCCCUCUCCACCACCUCCGCGCUCGCCACCGCCGCGGCGCCCGCCGGGGCCGGGUCCGGGGCGGGCGAGCACCGGAAGAUCAAGGGGACGGCGCCGGCGCCCGCGAAGGCGGCGGCCAAGGUGGUGACGAAGCCCAAGGAGGUGGUGGUGUUCAACUUCGGCGACUCCAACUCGGACACGGGCGGGGUGGCGGCGAUAAUGGGGAUCCGCAUCGCGGCGCCGGAGGGGCGCGCCUUCUUCCACCACCCCACCGGGCGGCUCUCCGACGGCCGCGUCGUCCUCGACUUCAUCUGUGAGACCUUGAACACGCACCACCUGAGCCCCUACAUGAAGCCGCUGGGUUCCGACUACAGCAACGGCGUUAACUUCGCCAUCGCCGGAGCGACCGCGACGCCAGGGGACACGCCGUUCUCACUGGACGUGCAGAUCGAUCAGUUCAUCUUCUACAGGGACAGGUGCAACGACUCCAUCACAAGAGAUGAGCCCGCCCCGCUCAACAUGCUAGAUUUCGAAAGAGCUCUGUACACCAUGGACAUUGGGCAGAACGACAUCACUUCCAUUCUCUACCUGCCCUACGACGAGGUGCUCGCAAAGCUUCCCCACUUUGUUGCUGAAAUCAGGAAAGCCAUCGAGAUUCUGCAUAAGAACGGGGCGAGGAAGUUCUGGAUACACGGGACAGGCGCGCUGGGAUGCCUGCCGGCGAAGCUUGCGAUGCCGAGGGCCAGCGACGGCGACCUCGAUGAGCACGGGUGCAUCGCAAAGUUCAACAAUGCUGCCAAGAAGUUCAACACAUUGCUGAGUGAGGCCUGCGACGACCUGCGGUUGCUACUGAAGAAGUCUUCCAUCAUCUUCGUGGACAUGUUCGCGAUCAAGUAUGAUCUCGUCGCCAACCACACCAAACAUGGGAUCGAGAAGCCAUUGAUGACAUGCUGCGGCCACGGAGGGCCCCCUUACAACUACGACCCCAAGAGGAGCUGCAUGGGCGACAGCAAGGACCUGUGCAAGCUUGGCGACAAGUUCAUCAGCUGGGACGGGGUCCACUUCACCGACGCGGCAAACAGCAUCGUGGCAUCCAUGGCUAUCAGCGGCGAAUACUCCGUCCCCAGGAUGAAGCUCACCAGCUUGGUCAAGCCUGCCAAGUCCAAGGCCUCGUAAUGAUGCAUCAAUCCAGUGAACCCAAUGCUUUGGUAUAGGAAUGAUGAAGGUGAAGGUACCACUAACAAGAACUAACCCCCAAUGCGAGUUCAUCGGAAGUCCUUAAUCACAGACUCGCAGCCGCCGCAAAAAAUGGGAUCUUAUUUUUCUUCCUUUCUUUUUCUUUUCCUUUAUGUAUAAUUGAAGUGUGCGUAUAUCCUAGGGGUUAAGUUAAUGCAUAUGCAGGUUGUCUGUGGCUCUGUGCCAUAUAUGAACUUGUCUACAAAAUUCUGAAUUUUCAUCAAUAAAUAUUAAAUAGAGAUGGGUAUUUAACA